AUGUCCUCAACUGAAUGUACUGAUAUGCAACGUGUUGUCAAAGAAUUUCUCAGUCGAUUGCAUUAUCUGUCGAUAUUAACUAAGGAAGUUGAAUAUGGUUAUUCAAAUGCAUUGCGAUUGUAUACAUCAGUUUAUGAGCUUGGACGUCGUCUUUCUGCUCAUCCUGAUUAUCGACAAAUGCUCACAGAUGAAGAUAAAACUACUUUCAAACAAUACUUUCCAACUGGCUUCGUUAAACUGGUUGAUUACACUCCGGGACUUGUAGGCAAUAUCGAACCAUCCGAUUUGAAUAUCGCUCGAACACGACGAUCACAAAUAUGGUUUCUGAAAAAUGAACUUCUUGAUUUAUACAAAGAAAUCAAUGGAAAGGAAUUAACAACAGAAAUGCAGAGUGCUCUCGAUAAGUUACAAACAUCAGAUAAUAUGCUCGAUUCGGAUAUUUCCGAUUGGAUACGACCAGACUAUGAUGAAGCGGUAGAUAAAUCAGAAGAUGUUCCAAAUCUAAACGGUGUUCCACCGAGUCAUGAUUGGUGGACUGAAGAACAUCGACGAAUAUGGGAAAACAGCAAAGAAUAA